AGGACGACACCCUUGCAAGAGUUUGUACGCUGCAGAACUGGUUUAGCUAUAUUACAGAACAGAUCAACGAUAACAAUGACCGCUAAUGUGCGGCUUUCUGCUCUGUAAUUAUGGAUAAAAGAGUAACGCCGUAAAGGAAAUAUUAUAACGUAGCCUCCUGAAAAUGGGAUUCCGAAUUUAAAACCCUUUGUGAGAAAUAGUCAUCCUUAUGGCCUCCUCGGGUGAUAUUCGAGAAAAACUGCGCAAGAAACGACGUGAUUUCCAAGGUUCUUUGGCGAAGGCUAAAGAUGACGGCGACACUCAGGCUCUGGUUCCAACUGGCAAGUUGAAGGAAGGGAGUGGACAGACCACAAUGGAGGAAUUGACAGAUGCCGAGAAAGACCCUGGAGAGACACUGAAACGCACGUUAAGGGCUCAGAGAGAGAGGCGGAAGAAAAAGCUGCUUGAGGCAUCUACGACCCAGGAGUCUCAUGGGGACAAUGACGGAGAGUGCACUACUAUUCAACAGUACCGUGAAGACGAGAGUUCAGUGGAAAAGCCGGUGGUCCUGUCUAGACCCCCGACUGGUUCUCAGAGAGGUGGGGCAUGUAUUAGGCUUCAGCAGACCCCCAGCUCCAGCCAUUCAGACAGCUCCAUAAGACAGCGCAUAAAAGAAAAGCUGAGAGCAGCUAGAUCUAAAGCUGAGAACUUUCUACAACAGGAGAGCUCACUGCAGACAGCCAGUCGCCUACAGAGCCUCCGAGAUAGAGAAACCCUCACAAGAUUUGACAGAGAGGUCGACCCAGAAAGGGCGGGUCGAAAUGAUGUUUCCUUGGCCCUCGGCACCAGGGUCAAGUUUCGAGAGGCAACUAGACGUGCAGAGAGAGGCCAGCCGACUGCAGAAGAGGCAUACAAUUUCUUCACUUUCAAUUUUGACCCAGAGCCUCAAGGUGGGGCUGACGAUGUUGAGAGGAAAAGAAAAAAAAAGACGAAAACAGCUGCUGAGAAUGGUAAUGAGGAAACAGAAGGGGAUGCGAAAGCACAGGAAGAGGCUGAAGUAGACAAAGAAGAGGAGAGCGAGGAGGAGAGUGAGGAACGGAAUGAGGAAUCUCCUCUUGUGCGAGAUGAAGAAGAGAAUUUGUUCAUCAUUGAGCAAUCAUCUCAGGACUUCCUGGAAGUGAAGAGAGCAGAGUACAUUGGGUACCAAAAACGUAUUCACCGAGAUAGUGAGCUCCUCUUUACUCCAAGCUAUCAGACAGUCCCAGCCUCCACCAAACUGCCUGAGAACAUGCAGCCACGUUAUUUGGAAGAGGAGGGUCUGUAUGUAGGGGAUAGGCCACCCGUUUCCCUGACCAAUGAGAACAUUCUGGAGAACCGCAUCUUGAAACAAGAGGGGGGAAAGAAGUGGUUUGGAGAUGAUGGCAGGAUCAUGGCCCUGCCUGACCCUAUAAAGGAAUCUUCCACUAGACCUCCUCUCUUCCACAUGGAGGAGGACCUGGACCCAGCCCUGCACACUGUCUACAGAAAGGCACUGAAAACUGAGUAUGUAAAUCUCUGCGCUGCUGGAGCAGGGGACCCUGAGGGAGACUACCAGCUUGAUGUUGAUGUGUCCGGGCUCAUCUUUUCCCAUCACCCUCUCUUCAGUCGUGAACAUGUCCUGGGGGCCCGUCUAGCCCAGCUGUAUGACCAGCACCUCACAAGGCAGCACAAUAAUCUCACAGGACACCUCACCGACAAGUUGAAUGGGUUGAGGAACGCCUUGCGGAACAUGCUUGAGAUCCAUGGAGGGCAGGCCCUCAGCCAGGCCAUACAGCAGCGAAUCUCUGAAUAUAGACUGGAAGUUAGGAACACACGUCGGUUUCGGGACAGUGAGCAGGAGAAGGACAGGACCCUGCUGAAAAACAUUGUCAAGGUUUGGAAGGAAAUCAAAGCACUAAGGGACUUUCAGAGGUUUACCAACACACCCUACAAGCUCUAUCUUAGAAGGGAAGAGGUAGAGCGGACCUCAGAUGAGCAAGAGUAUGAAGCCGACAUCUUGGCAGAGUUGGUGGAACUGGAGGUAGAGAGCGAGGAAGACUACCAGAAAAAGCUCACAGUGUACAGGAAACAGGUGGAGGAGUGGAAGCUCUGGAGGAGGAAACAGAGAGCUAGAAAGAAGAAGAAAAGAAAGAAGACAGGUCAGACUCAGAAUGAGACAGAAGAUGAUGAUGUUGAUGAAGUGGAUCAGGAAGUGAGUGAGACAGACCUUGAAGAAGGUCCUCCAAAGCCUGUGCCACCCGAGAAGCCAGAUUUAGCAGCUAUAGAGGAGCGGGUCAGAGAGAAAGCUUCCGGGAUAAGAAGGAAACCAGGAGAGCCCAUCCUUCUCCCUGAGCUGUCUGCAUCAGGGAACAUCACCGCCAGUGAACUGUGUCCCAGGGUUGAAUUCGCUCGAAGAGAGGACGUUGCAAGGCGUUCUCUCUUUAUCAAGGUGUUGUACAACGAAAAAGAAGUUUCCCGCACAGACAGCCGCUCCUUGAACUCUGAUUUCAGAGUUCACUUUGGCCAGAUAUUCAACUUGAAGAUAGUUAACUGCCCUGAAAGCGUCAAAUUGGAGGUGUUUGAAGAGAUUGGUGCAUCAUGCUUCCUCUUAGCAGAGGUGUUUGUACCGGUGCCAGAGCCCUCAGUCCUGACAGGCUGUGCCCCCCUUGAGGAGCUGGAGUUUAGCAGCAACCAAAGGGUCAUGUUCGACCAUGAGGGCGUUGGUAGUGAUGUGCCAUUCUCCUUUGAGGCUGAUGGCAGCAACAAACAGACCCUGCUAACCUCUGGGAAGCUGUCUUGCUGUGUGUCAUGGGGAAUAGGCAAAGAUGAUAUACCCCUUGCCCCGCCCAUGUCUCACAAACCUGGAGGCAUCCAUGGUGGCAUGAGACAGCUUGAUGCCGUCACAUGUAUCGGGGCAUCUGGGCUCAAUGACUUGAAAAAAAUUGGGGAGUGGGCGACAGAGUCACGGUUGGACCCCAAUGAUCCUAAAAAUGCUGCCAUCAUGCAGCUGCUAAAAGUGGCCAGCAGCGGAGAGGUGACAGCCCCCGAAUACUUUCGUCUGGAACAGCUGCAGGAAGAGUUUAACUUUGUGACGGAUGAAGAGCUUGAGCGAUCAAAGAGAUUUCGUCUGCUUAGACUGAGGAACCAGGAAGUUGCAGAGUUCCGCAAUUACAAGUGUGUCCCUUCUCUGGAAAAGGAGAUCCCUGAUAAACUGUUUCAGGAAUAUGAGAAGCGAUGCAAGGAAGGAGAGAUAAUUGACAGCAGAGAACAUGUGGAUUCACACCGAGCUUUAGUUGCCAGAUACCUUCAGAAGAUCAGAGAAUCGGUCAUUAACAGAUUCCUUAUUGCCAAGCACCACUACAUUUUGUCUGACUUGGUAACUGAAGAAGAGGUUCCAAGCAUUGGGAUACUGGGACUUAACCUUUUCAAACUGGCUGAACCUAAGCGACCCCUGAAGCCUCAGAGGAAAGAAAGGAAGAAGGUGACGGCCCAGAAUCUUUCGGAUGGAGACAUUAAACUGCUGCUGAACAUCAUCCGGGCCUACGACAUCCCCGUCCGCAGGCCCCACACCAGCAAACCACUGGCCUCAAAGUCAGCCCGUUCUUUCACGGAGACGUUUACAGCAGGUCAGAAUGCCAACCAAGGCAGCGACUGGCUCCUUAGCCAGGUCCAAGUGAGGCCAUUUGUAGAGGUGUCAUUCCAGCGCACAGUUAUCCAGACAACAACUGCAGAUGGGCCAAAUGCUUGCUGGAACGAGGAGUUGGAGCUGCCUUUUAGUGCUUCAAAUGGGGACUAUAGCACCGCCAGCCUGCAAUCGGUCAAAGAUGAAGUCUUUAUCAACAUUUUUGAUGAGAUGGUUUAUGAAACAGGAGUGGAUGACAAAGACAGGGGGAAAUCAAUACACACUCGGAUAGAGAAGCACUGGUUGGGCUCUGUCAGGAUUCCUUUCAGCACUAUUUAUUCCCAGGGCAGGAUUGAUGGCACAUUCAAGGUGGACACGCCCGCAGUGUUGCUGGGGUACAGUAAGGAACGGAGCCUGGGGAGUGAUGGAGGUUAUGAUGCUGUACGCAGUCUUAGUGAGGGAGCCUUUGUCACACUCUUCAUCACAAUCGAACCACAACUAGUGCCUGGAGAGACUGUGAGGGAAAAAUUUGACAGCCAAGAAGAUGAACACUUACUGCAGGUGUCUGAGAAAUUUGAGAGAGACGCAGCACAGGGCUAUCCAGACCGACCUUGCCUCACCACAGUCAUAGACAUCAAUGGGAAGACGGUGUUUAUAACCCGCUACAUCCGGCCACUCAACCCCCCACAGGAGUUACUGGAUGCCUUCCCCAGCAGCCCUAAGGAAUCUACAGAGCUGGUUGCUCGAUUUGUCUCACUCAUCCCCGCUCUGCCAGACAGCAUUUCAUUUUCUGGAGUUUGUGACCUGUGGAGCACCUGUGAUCAAUUCCUCAACCUCCUCGCCGGUGAUGAGGAAGAACAUGCCUUACUUUUGUGCAAUUACUUCCUUUCUAUGGGCAAGAAGGCAUGGCUUAUCAUUGGCACUGCUAUCCCCGAGGGAACCACAGCCUAUGUCCUGACCAACGAACAGAGCCGAUACCUCAUCUGGAACCCCAGCAGUGGUCAGUACUAUGGCCAAUAUGACACCUUCUCUCCCUUACAAUCUGUCGGCUGCUUGGUCAACGCUGACAAUGUGUGGUUUAACAUUCAAGAGUAUGCCUCCCCAAUGAGGAUAAGCUUCGAUAUCACUAAAGCCACCUUGUGGAAGCCCUUUUUCUCCCGGUCCUUCGCCCACCCUGGACUGUGCAGUGUGCAGCCAGAAGAGCUGAUGUAUCGCUGCACAGACAAAAUGGCCGCUGCAGAACUUCAGGACAGAAUUGAGAAAAUCCUGAAGGAGAAGAUCAUGGAGUGGCGUCCCCGUCAGCCAACUCGCUGGAACCGCUACUGCACCUCCACCCUGCGACACUUUCUGCCCAAGCUGGAGCUGAGUUCGGGGCAGGAUGUUGCAGACGAACACCGCCUGGAAUUACAAAACCUGCUGGGAGAUUACAGAAUUGCAGGAUUUCCCCUUCACCUCCCAUUCUCUGAAAUUCGUCCCAUCAUUGAAGCGGUCUUCAGCACAGGAGUUCACAAUGUGGAAGCAUCAAAUGUGGAGUUUGCUUUGGCUGUUUAUGUACACCCCUACCCUAACAAUGUCCUCUCUGUGUGGGUGUACUUGGCGUCACUCAUCCGCAUAAGAUAGUUAUUGAUAGCAGAGGACUCAUCUGUACAA